AUGGGGCCGGAACACCCCCUUCAGGAGGUUCCUCGCACCGAGGAGGUUUUAAUCACUGUUCGUUAUUGCACCUCAAGCAAAAUGCCGAUUGAGAUUUGCUUUCAAUGCUUUGGCGAUCCCCUGGAGGGGGCCCCGGUGGUUUUGUUAGUUUGCGGGCUGAAUAUGCAGCUUUACGCCUGGGAUGAAUCCUUCUGUGAGGGGCUGGUCCGCGCGGGGUUUUACGUCAUUCGCUAUGAUAACCGUGAUAUCGGGCGCUCCACCAAGGUGGAGAACUGCGGGAAGGUGGUGGGGCCGGGGCUGCUUUUGCCGGGAAAAUGGGCCUCCAUCCUCGGCGAAAAGCUGCCCUACACGAUGGAGGACAUGGCCAAAGACGGCCUGGCGUUGUUGGAUGCGUUAAAAGUGCCUUUUGCGCAUGUUUUUGGGAUUAGUAUGGGCGGGGUAAUUGCGCAAUGUAUGGCGUUGUUGGCCCCCGCGCGGGUGUUGAGUUUGGUGAGUGUGAUGUCGACCACAAACGCGCCAGACCUGCCGGACGCCGCGAUGUGGGUGAAGUUGUUGAUGCUGCGCAAACCCCCGCCGAAGUGCACGUUGGGGGAGUUGUUGGAGUUUCGCGUGGGGGUGCUUUGCCGGAUGCUCCACCACGCCCUGCCGGUUGAUCGGGAGUAUCUUAAACGGCGCUAUCGUCUUUCCCUUCAGCGGAGUAGUUAUAGCCCGGGGCUGCUUCGCCAGGCCGCGGCUUUACGACGUUGUGAGGGCCGUGAUGAGGCCCUGCGCGAGUUAAAAAUCCCCGCGUUGGUGAUUCACGGCGCGCGGGAUGUGGUGGUGCCGCCGAUUCACGGCUACCGCACCGCCGCCGUUCUUCCCCACGCGCGGAUGUUGAUUUUUAAAAGUAUGGGCCAUUACUUCCACCCAGCCUUCUUCGGGACGAUUAUUUUGACUUUUGCCGGGAUGGCCUCGACGACCGCAGGGGGGGGGAAGCCGUUGAUGGGGGGAUUUUCCCCUUCCUUCGCGGACGAGAUCGCCCUCGGCGGGUCGUUCUGGACAGACGACGACGACGCGCGCACGGACUUUAAAGGUGAAGAGGAGGGGAGGGAACCGCCGCCGCGGCCGAGAAUGUCCUCGAUGGGGUCUUUUAUCAAACCUUUUGUGGUUUCGCCGCGGACGCCGACGGACGCCGCCGCGCGGGCCUCGCUUUUGCUGAAGGAGUCGCGCGGGAUAGGCAGCCCGGCGAUCCCUGAGGCCGUCCUCAUCGACUUUCACGACGAGGACGGCGAAAGGGAGGGGGGGAAUUCGAAAUUGCACACAACAUUGCCCUCCACAGACGCGAAAAUGGGGGAUUCCGCGUCUUUGGAGCCUUCCCAAUCGCCAGAAAUCGCGCCGUUUGAGCCGGGAUUGCACUCGACGUGGAAUCGCGCGGGGGUUCGUCACCCCGCAACCACCAACGCGGGGGAGCAGACUGGUCUUCCCUUGCCGUUGGCUCAUCUUUACCCAACCCAAACGGCCUUUUUUCCUUUGCGGUCUGCGAAUUUGGAGGAGAUCGAAUCCACCUUGCUCUCGCCGGCCUUGAUGAAGGUCGCGGAGUUGAUGGAAAAGGACACCCCUGCGAUUUAA